AUGGAGUCCUUCGAUGAGUUCGUCGCAAGACUCGUGAAGAGGAUGUUUGAUCAAGCAGACGGCUCUCAAAGUCUCAACAUCUUUACACGCUCUUCUCCGCGGGCACCGAUGAUACCAGUGCAGGAGCCAGGAACCGCGGCUUCCACCGCUCUCUUCUUCGGCUUCACCCGGCGGGAAAACCAGGACAAGCUCUUUGUCGUCGACCAGGUGAAAGGCAAAAGGCUGCGGGGAUCGCUAACCCGCUUUGACCAAGUCAGGGUCCUAUCGGGUCUCCCCUUAACAGCUGCGUUAAGGGAAGAGACCGAUAUCUCUAGCAGACACAGCGACACGACCUUCAAUGAAGUCAAACUUUAA